AUGGAAGACGAUGUUGAUGGUGGGUCAAAAGAGGAGUCGUGCAUUACUGAUUUCGAAUGUGUAGAUGUUGAAGAGUAUGAAGCUUUUAGAAAGAAUCCGUUUAUGUGUGAACAUUCUGUUGAUCACUACUACUAUCUUCUCCCAAGGGCUAAAAGAAGCAGAAUUUUCAGAAGAAAGAAACCUCCUACUGUUAUGCCGUCUCAAUCAACGUCACAGACAAAGGGUCUCAAUAUUCGAAUCUCUCUUAGACGUAAAACAAUGGAAGCAGUUGAUGAAGACCUUUCCAUGGAGAGAAACAAGACUCAAACUCUGUUGGAUGAAAAACAGAGUAAAUUGGAAGAUAGAGAGAAAAAGACUGAAACUCUGCUCAAUGAAAAACAGAGUAAAUGGAAAGACAGAGAGAGAAAGAGAAGAAAGAUUAAACCAAUAAUUGAUCCUCCAGUUUUGACAGAUGAGUUGAAGGAGAAGAUUUCAAGAAUGGGUGUCCAAAUUUCUCAAGUGAAACUCGUAAUUCAGAAAGUUCUCUAUGAUACAGAUUUGAGUUAUAAGCAUCUGCGUUUGUCAAUCCCGGUCAACCAAGUGGAGAAUAAGGAUUUCUUGACACCACAACAGAAAAUGGUAUUGGAGACGAGAGAUAUUGUGUCUAACAAGAAGAGCAAGAUUCAGUUCAACUUGAUUGAGCCUUCACUUGAACAAACAAAAAUUCAUUUGGCAAAAUGGGACAUGAGUAACAGCUCAAAUUAUGUGUUAUUGAAAGACUGGAUGCAAGUAGUAGAAAGGAAUAACCUCAAGUCUGGAAUGGUAGUUCAGUUGUGGUCAUUUCAUCAAGAUUUGGUUCCAUGGUUGGCUCUUUCGAUAAUAAUUUAG